CGUGACGAGGCGUUUUGACCGCGCUGGCUUCCCGUAGCUCGGCCGGCGGGGUCUGACGUGUAGUGUCGAGGCGGCGAUGGCGGCCGCCUGGGAGGAGAUUCGGCGCCUGGCGGCCGAUUUCCAGCGGGCGCAGUUUGCCGAGGUGGCCCACAGAUUAUCAGAGCGGAACUGUAUAGAAAUUGUCACUAAACUGAUUGCAGAGAAGCAGUUGGAAGUAGUGCACACACUUGAUGGAAAAGAAUAUGUCACUCCAGCACAGAUUAGUAAGGAGAUCCGGGAUGAGCUUCACGUAUGUGGUGGUCGAGUAAACAUUGUUGACUUACAACAGGUAAUAAAUGUGGACCUUCUGCAUAUUGAAAACAGAGCUAAUGACAUCGUUAAAUCUGAAAAAACUAUUCAGCUUGUAUUGGGACAGCUUAUAAAUGAGAGUUACCUGGAUCAAUUAGCAGAAGAAAUAAAUGAUAAACUACAGGAAACUGGCCAGGUGACAGUGUCUGAACUCUGCAAGACAUACGACCUUCCAGGAGACUUCCUGAUACAGGCAUUAUCCAGGCGUUUGGGUAGAAUUAUUCAUGGACAACUAGACCAGGAAAACCAUGAGGUGAUUUUUACAGAAGCCUUUGUGUCACGGCAUCGAGCACGCAUUCGUGGUCUCUUCACUGCAAUUACUCGGCCUAGACCUGUAAGUAACUUGAUCACACGGUACGGAUUUCAAGAACAUUUACUUUACUCUGUGCUGGAAGAGCUUGUUAACACUGGUCGACUAAAAGGCACUGUGGUUGGUGGGAGACAGGAUAAGGCUGUGUUUAUUCCAGACAUUUAUGCCAGAACGCAGAGCAACUGGGUGGAUUCUUUUUUCAAGCAGAAUGGUUACUUAGAAUUUGAUGCGUUGCACAGACUUGGCAUCCCUGACCCAGCAGGCUAUAUUAAAAAAAGGUACAAGUCUACACAGCUCUUAUUUCUGAGAGCAGCUUGUGUUGGUCAAGAAAUCGUGGAUCAAGUUGAAGCCUCUGUAGAGGAAGCCAUCAGUUCUGGGAACUGGAUAGAUGUAGCAACUCUUCUGCCCAGCUCAUUGUCAGUAGAAGAUGCUGGGAUUUUGCUUCAGCAAGUGUUGAGAUCUUUAAACAAAAAUUCUUCAGGUUUAAUCUUCAGUGACACUAUUGUUGUCAGUGAGAAAUUUGUAAGCAGCUGUGCUGAUCUGUUCUCUGCUACCAUGCAGCAGAAAGCUGAAAAGGAAAUUAAAAAUAACCCUGUUAAUUUAAUCACUGAAGAAGAUUUAAAACAGGCUUCUGGUUUAGAGAACUCAUAUGCUAAUAAAAAAGACAAAAAGGAUGAAAGAAGAAAGAAGGCAACAGAGGGCAGUGGAUGCGUGAGAGGAGGAGGAGGUGGUAAUGCUAGAGAGAUCAAGAUUAAGAAAACCAAGAAGAAAGGAAGAAAAGAUGCUGACAGCGAUGAAGAGUCGCAAGCAACUAGCACAGGUAGGAAUAAGCAGCCGGAGUUCCCUUUCAUGUCAGCAGAUGAAAUUCAGGAUGUUUUAAAGACCCACAUGCAGGAUUGUCCUGAAGAACUUAUUGCAGAACUUGCUGAACAUCUAAUAAGACCUUUAACAAAAACUUACCAGGAAGUCGUGCGUUCAGUUUUUACAUCUUCAACAUCAUCUUCUGGAGCCAGCAGAAGACAGACUAUGAAGGACUUGCAGGAGGAGUUCUCAAACUUGUACAACAACAUUAGGUUAUUCGAAAAGGGAGCAAAGCAUUUCACAGACGAAACUCAGACUAACCUUGCCAAACAUCUGUUGAAGACAGUCUGUACAGAUAUUACAAAUCUGAUUUUCAACUUCCUAGCAUCUGAUUCAAUGAUGACAACAGAAAAUUACUCUGCAAUCACAAGUGAGGUCCGAACAAAGAUUUUAGGUAAAUUGCCAGAAGACACCAAAGGCCCUUUAACUAAACUGCAUACUUCUCUGAAUGGCAAGAGCAUAGAAGAUUUUCUUUCAUGCCUUGAUUCUGCAGUGGAUAUUUGUGGUAUUAUGGUGAAAAAAGGAGACAAAAAGAAAGAAAGGCAAGUCCUGUUUCAGCAUAGACAAGCUCUGAUUGAGCAGCUUAAAGUCACAGAAGAUCCAGCUCUUGUUCUGCACCUGACAUCAGUACUGUUAUUUCAGUUUUCAACCCACUGUAUGCUUCAUGCACCAGGAAGAUCAGUACCACAGAUCAUUAAUUUCCUAAGUGGCAAGAUCCCAGAGGAUCAGCAUUCUCUGUUAGUAAAGUACCAAGGGCUAGUAGUGAAACAGUUGAUCAGCCAGACUAAGAAAACUGAGCAUGGAGACAGUGGCACAACAGAUAACCUGGAAGAGGAAGAAGCAGAUGCCAUUCGAAAAGAGCUCCAGGAAAUCACUACCUCUAUCAAAGACCUUGCUCUCAGAUCUAGGAAAUCUUCUGUAACAGAGGAAUAAAAUUACUGUUUGGUGAAUCCAAAUCCAUAAUUCAGUCAGAUUUUUUUUUUUCUUAUCCUGAAGGAAAGGAUAGCAGAUAAUGCUUGGCAAACUUUAAAAUUUAGCGUCUAACAAUGGCAAAUUACAGCCGGGUGAUGAUGGUGAAUUAAGUAUUGUUAUGUACUACUACAGUGUGCAUGUAGCACAUGUAACACGUUGUAGUACAGCUGUGUACAUUGUUCAUUCAGCAGACUUCUUGAGUUCUUAGUCCAGUUCGCAUAGCAGUUAGAAGUAUUGUAUUCUGUCAGCUCCUUGAGAAAACUUGCGGUAUUCUGUUUAUGCUGAGUUUCAUUAAAAGAUUUCGAUUUAUGAUCUUCCUACAUAAGCUUUAUAGACCAAAAUACUGGCUGAAGUGUUUCCCUUGAGUUUUUUACCAGCCUUAUUUUCACAUGUGCGGUGCUUUUUGUCUUCAGGAAGGUGGUAAAAUGUGUAAAAUAGAAUUCUGCCACUAUUAAUUACACAAGUCUUGUAUGUCAAAUGUACUGCUGACUUACUUUUAAGAAAAGGUGAUUUUCAGACAGGAGAGAUUGUAGUUGCAUUACUUCAGUAAUGCCCGUUGAUUUCAUGUGUGUAAUUUCAGGGGUUUACAUAAAGUCAAGUUUGAGUAGUAAGACAGAAAUAGAGUUCUUUUCACUAAAAAUGUCAUUCACCCAUCCUUGCCAAAAUUCUCUGAUGCUGAAAGAAAGCAAAUUCUGUGCAAGCCCUACUCUGUUCAAAUACUUGUUUUCCAACAGUUCAUGUAUUCUAUAAGCUAAAUCAUAAAUACAUCAAAACUGGAAAUCGCAAUAAAUGAAAGUUGAAGAGGCCGAGUAUGGGAGCUCAGUAACUGAUAAAACAAGGUUAAGAUAAUUUUGGUAAGGUAAAAAAAAAAGAAUUUUAUAUAUAUAUAAAAGGCAGUAACAUUUAUCAGUGUUCACAGCAGUGCUGAUCUUCCACCAGAUGUAAGGCAAAACAGUUUGCCGGUUGUAAGGCAGAAGUAAAGGUAGUUGGGUUUUUUUGCUUGGCUGGAGGCUUUCGUAGCUGACAGUAGAAGACAAUUAAAAGUAAGAGAUGAAAAAUAUUCAGGCUGUUUAACUUUGUUUAAGAAAUAAAGUUUCCAUACUGGGAAUAGGUUCAAUUUCUUGUUAUUUACCUAAAAUAAUUAUUAAGUUCCAAUAUUGAAUAUAAACAAUUUUAUAUGACAUUGAGCUGUUUUGUAAAUAAUAUACCACAUGACAUUCUAUAUACAAAUAUGAAAGUAUUUUAAUAACAUUAAAUGAUUUAAGUAUUUGAAAUGUAUCCUGUUGAUUUAAUCAAUAGUUGAUCAUCUUGAAACUUGGAUCUUUCAAAGAGCAAUGAGCAAAUGCACCAUUUGAUUUAACAUGCCAUUCUAAGCAUCCCUGUAUUUUUGUUCGAUACUGGUUUAUGCUGCAAUAAUAAUGGACGUUUUAUAAAAUUUA